AUUUCUGUAAACCACUAUUAUAUGGAAUGCAUCGACAUAUUGUACACUUAGUAAUGUGCAGCGAUCCGUUAAUAUCGACCAAACCAUUUAUAAAUGAAUUGAAAUAUCAAUAGCUUUGCAUUACUACCAUUCAAGUUCGAUCCCUUCCACUUGUUCAUUGCAGUGGUAAUAACAGAAGAGUUACGAUAUAAGUUUUUCAAUUUUUCUGCCUGAAGCAGACGUCAUAUUGCAGUCUGUCUAUCAUUUCGACGUUUGGUCAAUAAUGUUCCACUGGUAAAUUAAGGAAAUAAUGUCUGCCCAAAGUGAAAGUGAAAAAGCCCCAACUGGCCCGGUUCCAUCAGAGGAAGAAUGGGAAAAGACAUGGCUUGGUACAGAUGAUAAACCUCUGGAUCAUGCAGAUAGACCUGUUACUCAGAAUCUUAUCAAGUUUGUUGAUAGACUAACGAACGGGAAGACUGGAUCUACGAUAUUUCUUCCUUUAUGUGGAAUGAGUAAUGAUAUAAAAUGGUUGGUUGACCAGGGACAUCGUGUUAUCGGCCUUGAUAUCGUAGAGAAAUCGUUUCGUCUGUUCUUCGAGAAAUACCAGAUGUCUUUUACAGUCAAUGAUCUACCAAACAUCCCCAAUGGAAAAGUGUUUGAGAACAAGGAAAAGACCAUCAAACUAUUCAAAUGUAACAUGUUUGAUUUUGACGUCUCACUAAUGGAAAAGGUUGAUGGUAUUUGGGACUGUGGUGCAUUAAUAGUCAUUAGUACACCAGAUAGACCAAAGUACGGCCAAAUGUUGUUAUCUGUUUUGAAGCCAGGUGGACGGAUAUUGAACCAGUCGUAUCAAUUUAUAUGGGAUGAUGAAUCUAAAGCUGCGGAGAUGGAGGCUGGAUCAGUCUAUGAGGAUUAUCCAUGUCCUGAUGUUGAAGAGAAAGAUUAUCAUCUUCUUUAUGGUGCUAGAUGUAAUAUCGAAUAUGUAGGUGAGAAGGAUGUGACCAAUGAACCUGACUGGGCUGGUAUGGGGGUCGUAUCAGCCAAGGAGAAUAUUCAUCUGAUGACUCUAAAAUAAAUAAAUGAACAAUGACCGUCAUGUAUUGAAUAUAAUUUAGAGAUUUUGAUUCCUGAGUGCAAACCAUAAACAGAACACAGUGCGCCUUAUAAAUGUUAUGUAUUAUUAUUAUUAACAGUUUCAACGGUUCAAAGUCACUAGAUUUAUUGCAUUCAGUAAUAAAGUAAAAUUCGAAUGAUAUUUUAGGGCAGUGAUUCUCUCUUUAUUGGCAAUGGUCGGAUGUGCCAGUUUGACGGGAGAACAAACUUACGUUACUUACAGGAUUUUUAAAAUGGUGGAAUGUCUGAUUUUCCCCUUGAUACGUGAUCUUAUUAAAACUAAAUUUUGAUGAGGUUGCUUUAUAAACCAAUUUUGCGAUUUUUUUUUUGGAUCUAACUUUUGCUUUGUCUAAGAAAAUCAACUUUCUGCGGCAAUGUGCAAGCAGUAUGUCUAGAUAAAACGCUGAUAUUAUUUAAAAAAAAAUAAUAUGAAUUUAACAGGGUAAGAAGUAGAAUGAAUUUAAGUCAACUCGCUUGAAAUAACGAACCAACCUUCACAUACUUCUCUAAAUUAAUUCCCCUGCAUUUUUUUUAAAUUGUAAAUAUCUUACAUGUGACAUUGCGUCUAUCUUUAAAAUAAUUCCUUUUCGAUUCAUGAUAAUUUGAUAUCGUAUGGAUGUUCAGCGAUGAAAACAAAUGGAAAUACUUUCGCAUAUUUCUGUCACAUUUAGACAUUUCAGCCAGCUUACACCAUGUAUACCGACGUACGGUAUAUCGAUAUCCCAUUUUAUACAAUUUCUUGAUCUCAAGAAUUGCCUUUUUGUUAACAAUGCGAAAUGAUUCUUGAUAUUUUGCGUUAUUAACUAAAUGUAAUUCUUGAUAUCAAGAAUGGAAUGCUUUAUAUCAUUGAAUAUGAAUGAAACCCUAGUCGGCAUACACCGGGUAAAACUUCCAUGUGUGAAAGCCCGGGUACGCAUAGUUUUUCAUAUAAAAUGUUAGCACUAUAUAUAUUGACACAGAAAGCAUGUCAACAUCACUUGAAUAGAGUUUAGAAUUGCAUUAAGCGUUCAACCAAUAAUUUACAUUUUCUGCAUUGUCAAUGAAUGGAAUCCUGAUCAUCAUGUAUUAAUUAUAUUAUUUAUAUCGGCUCAUUUCAUAAACAGGUAUAUGUAUUUACAAACAUUAUUGGAAAUGGAAACUGAAUCUUACAUUAUUUUUUAACAUAUGAAACAGUAAUCGUUAUAAUGAAUGUGAUGUAUGUUGCUUUAUUGAAUGCUGAUAGCUGAAUAAAACUGUAAAUUAUAUCUCUCAAUGAUCAAGUUGAUGUAAGUGCGUUUCGAAAUGUUGUCAGUCAAUAAAACAAGGAGAUUUCUAUUCCA